CAGUUGAUUGAGGACCUAGUACAACAGCUUUAACGCUUGGGUUGCUUAAGAAACAUCCAGCGAAUUUAUCUUUGCUUCGAGCGUCGACAGCCGCGUGCAACCAGAUUGCAGCGCAUGUUUCUUACGAACUUAUAGCCUUAACAUGAUACGUUCUCAAAGUUGCUUACUUUACAGUGCACUGUCACGAAGUCCAACUUACGCAUGCGAACACCUGCAGCUUAACUAAAGACCCGCGUACAGUCAUCUAGCUGUAGAGGGGAGACAUGGAGCCGGAGCUUGAGCAGGUCGCCUCCACUUCUUACGUUGGAUCAUCAGACAUAAAUGGCCGCUGGCAUGGCCAGGGCAAGGUGGCCUUCAAGAGCGGUGCCACCUAUGAAGGCGAUUGGAAAGCUGGCCAGAUGCAUGGUCGGGGCAAGCUAACCUUCCCCGACGGCAUCACGUAUGAGGGCGAGUUCCAGCACAACCAGCUAACCGGGAAGGGGGUGUACACCUGGCCCUCGGGUGCGGUGUACGAGGGCGCAGUGGUGCGCGGGCGGCGCGAGGGGCGCGGGCGGCUCUCCUUCACCAAGUCCGCCUCCGUGUACGAGGGCGAGUGGCGCGAUGGCAUGCGGCACGGGCAGGGCGUGCUGUACACCAACAUCACCCGGACCAGCUACUACAAGGGCAGCUGGGUGAACGACACCAAGCACGGCCCCGGCGUCAUGCGCUAUGACAACGGAGAUACCUACGACGGCAUGUGGGACGACGACAAGAAGCGCGGUCUGGGCACCAUGCGCUGGGAACUGGGUCGGCAGCAGUACAGCGGCGAGUGGGACAACAACGUACCCAACGGCGUGGGGCUGCACGUGUGGUACUCGGAGCAGAGCGACCCAGGGGUCGCUGCCUCGCAUGCGCAGCUCCUGAUGCACAACCGCUACUACGGCCACUUCAAGAAUGGCCGGCGGCACGGCUACGGCGUGUUGUACUACGCCACAGGAGCUCGUUACGAGGGCUACUGGCAUGGGGAUCAGAAGCACGGGCAGGGCUGCUACGUGUUUGAGAAUGGGGAGGUGUGGCUGGGGGCGUUCGCGCAGGACCGGCCGGUGCUGUCGGCGGGGGAGAGCUUCGCGCCCUCGGGCACUGGAGUCGUGCUGCAGAUCGAUGACCUAGUGGAGGAGGAGGAGAACCCCGCCCUCAGCCGCCGGGCCAUCGGAAACCUGCUGCUGUGCUACAACACAGAGCUGCGCAUGCUGUACGACAAAUACAGCAAGCGCGCCUCGCCCCACCUGCCCAGCAAGUCCGGCCGCCUCAGCUUCUCGCUGCCCGCCGCGGCGCUGUGGGAGCUGCUGGGCGAGUGCCGGCUGCUGUCCGCGCAGCUGCCGCUCACCGCCGUGGCGGACAUCCUGGCGGCGUCCCGGAGGGUGCCGGACAGGCUGCGCGGAUUCAGGAAGCAGGAGUGCCCCACCAGUCUGGACCCGCUGUCCCCCGAGCAACGCCGCUUCUGGGAACACCUCGCCUCCGAGCACACACCCGGCGGCCCGCACCACCCCGCCGCCGACCUCACCUUCCGCUCCUUUUGCGAGGCGCUCGUCCGCAUCGCCGCACUGCGCUUCCACCACCUGCCCUCCUUGGAACGCCGCCUGCAUCAGACGCUCACGCUGCACCUGCUGCACCUCGUCAACAAGACCAAAGCGGCGCCUCCGCCGCCCCCGCCGCCGCUGCCCACACUGCCCAACAACGUUUCCGUGGAGGCCGCGGCGGAGGCGCUGGAGUUGGUGCGGUACCAGGCGUCGUGCGUGUUUCUGCGGGCGGCGGGGGCGCCGCCGCCGCCGACUAAGGAGGAG